UUGGCCCUUCUAGCUAUUUUAAAUAUUCAAAUGGUCGAUGCCGGUUGCAGAGCAUCACGGAUUUCCGAUUCUGAGCGCGCCGAGAUUCUCAACUUGCAUAACCAAUACAGAACAGCUUUGGCUACAGGCCUAGUGUCAAAUAAAAAAGCACGAAUGCCUCGAGGAAAUAACAUAAGAAAAUUGGAAUGGGAUUGUAAUUUGGAAGCAACAGCCCAGCGAUGGGCUGAAAAUUGCGUAUUUGAACAUUCAACGAAAAGUUUUCGAAACAAUGCUGGCGAAAAUCUUUAUGCGUAUUGGAGUUCAUCUGAUAUUAAAAGAAGUGGCGUAUGUUCUUCUUGUUUUACGAUUUAUUUUGAAUGUCAAUUUGAUUUCAUUAAUCAGCCUUUAAUUAAAUUGAUUUUUCAUGGCAGUGGCAAUUUUAUAAACAAAGACAUCUACGAAUCAGGUAAACCUUGUUCAAAGUGCGCGCGAUAUCCUGGCUCGAAAUGUCAGAAUAACCUUUGUGUCGGUGCUCAAAUUGUUGGUGCCGGUUGCCAAAGAUCACAGAUUUCCGAUUCUGAACGUGCUGAGAUUCUCAACUCGCAUAAUAGCUACAGAUCAACUUUGGCUGCAGGCCGGAAAAAACCAGGAUUCAACCAUCCUAUUUUUAAAAUUUUGUCUCGACUUAUUAAUUAUAUCCUUUCUUUUGCAACAGCCCAGCGAUGGGCUGAAAAUUGCGUAUUUGAACAUUCAACGAAAAGUUUUCGAAACAAUGCUGGCGAAAAUCUUUAUGCGUAUUGGCGUUCAACUACAAUUGAUCGAAGGCAUAUGAAGGCGGCAGCCACGGCUUGGUGGGAUGAAGUCAAAUUAAUGUUUACUACAACAAACUUUUCGAAUUAUGCACGAACAGCAGGAAUGAUUGGGCAUUUCACUCAGGUUUCUUUCAUAUUUAAAAAAUAG